GCUCGCGAGCAGCGCCGCGCACUGUUCCACUGGAUUGUACUUGAACGGGAGUUUGCGGUUUGGCAGGUUUAUACACAUCAAAACAGAACAAAGAGACGGGCUCGAGCACGGCCACAGCGCCGGGAAACAAGAGAGGAGAAAAAGAAGAAAGCGAGGGGAGAAAUCUCAGCGACUGAAUUACAAAAGAACUGAGGACACUCCGCUCAUGGUUUCCACAUCUACACGGGGACAUAAACCGGGACUUUGUACGCUGUGGAGAAUUUGCGAGGCUGUUCUUUUUUUUUUUUUUCCUUCUUCUUCGUGUGUUUUGUUUGUUUUCUGCGGCCACCGAAAGUUUGCUUCGGGACAAGCGCGUGCCGUUUUUCUUAUUUGAAUUUUUAAUGUUCGCAGUCUCACCCCAGCCAGAAACUUUCGAGCCGGACAGCACAUGGUUUGAAAAAGGGCUUCUGAAAGACGUGGAUGUUUUAAUCCCUGCAGUAGAAUGUUGUAAACACGAGAGGAUUUUAUCCACUUUUUUUUCUACUCCAGGAUUUUUAUUUUAUUUUUCCGAUGGUGUUUGCCAAAGAGAAAAAAAACCCUCUCCGUACUUUUAAAAGUUUGAAUAAUUCAUGAGAUACGAUUUGCCUGCUCGAGAGAAGUGACGGUUUUAGAAAAAAAGAAGAAGAAAAAAGGGGGAAGAAAGAGAAAGAGAGAAAGGGAGGGGGGUUAUCCACAAACAUAUUCAUAAGGGGCUGACGGAAUGGCCACCGCGGCUUCCAAUCCUUAUCUCCCCACCAAUAGCAUCUUAUCGUCCGGCUCCAUCGUGCACUCUGACUCCGGAGGUGGUGGCAUGCAGCCGGGCAGCGCUGCGGUUACCUCCGGGUCUGGGGGCUACAGGGGGGACCCCACGGUCAAGAUGGUUCAGAGUGACUUUAUGCAGGGCGCCAUGGCAGCGAGCAACGGGGGGCACAUGCUGAGCCAUGCCCACCAGUGGGUGACGUCCCUCCCGCACGCCGCCGCGGCCGCAGCGGCGGCCGCUGUGGCCGCGGCGGAAGCCGGGUCCCCCUGGUCGUCGAGCCCGGUCGGGAUGACGGGCAGCCCGCAGCAGCAGGACGUGAAAGGAUCCGGCAGAGACGACCUGCACACGGGCACGGCUCUACACCACAGGCCCCCCCACCUAGCUCCCCAUCAGACUCACGCCGGGAGCUGGGGCAGCACCACGGCGGCUCACAUCAACUCCAUCUCCGGGGGCCAGCAGCAGCAGCAGUCGCUCAUCUACUCCCAGCCCGGAGGCUUCACUGUCAACGGCAUGCUGAGCCCGGGCGGACAGAGCCUGGUGCACCCAGGGCUGGUGAGGGGGAACACCCCGGACCUGGACCACGGCAGCCACCACCAUCACCAUCACCACCAGCAUCCGCACCACCAGCACCACGGAGGCGGAGGAGGCGGAGGUGUCAACAGCCACGACCCGCACUCGGACGACGACACGCCGACCUCGGACGACCUGGAGCAGUUCGCCAAGCAGUUCAAGCAGCGGCGGAUCAAGCUGGGCUUCACGCAAGCAGACGUGGGCCUGGCUCUGGGCACCCUGUAUGGGAACGUCUUCUCGCAGACCACCAUUUGCAGGUUCGAGGCUCUGCAGCUCAGCUUCAAGAACAUGUGCAAGCUGAAGCCUUUGUUGAACAAGUGGCUCGAGGAGGCCGACUCUUCCACGGGCAGCCCUACCAGCAUCGACAAGAUCGCGGCGCAGGGGAGGAAGCGAAAGAAGCGCACGUCCAUCGAGGUGAGCGUCAAGGGGGCUCUGGAGAGCCACUUUCUAAAAUGCCCCAAGCCCUCGGCCCAGGAGAUCAGCAGCCUGGCGGACAACUUGCAGCUGGAGAAGGAGGUGGUUAGAGUGUGGUUUUGCAAUAGGAGACAGAAGGAAAAACGGAUGACGCCCCCGGGAGUGGCGCAGACGCCGGAGGAUGUGUACUCUCAGGUCGGCAAUGGGCAUUUUUUAGUAGAUUACUUAAAAGAUGAUGCAAGUGAAGCGAGCGACCAGAGGGUGACAACCACAAGUUCAUUCCACCAGGUAAUUUUGGCGCAUUGAGACAACAACCAAGAGGAAACCCAAGUAUUUUUUAUUAUUAUUAUCAUUAUUAUUACUAUGAUUAUGACGAUGAUGAUUCCGUUUAAAAAAAAAGAACGAAAGAAAAAGAAAAUUCUCUGUCCCUCCAAAUCCCCAUAAAACAAAAAAGGACAA